CAGAAGUUUCUGAACAGGUAUGGCUAUAACCAAGAAAACCCUGUACACAAAAAUGGUCAUUUCUAUUAGCCAUAUGAGACUAGCGGCUUAACUCCAAAAGAUCUAAGUCCCAAAUACGCCUAGCCGUCUAGCUCGUCACUCCCCCGGUUCCCUAUGUGUCGGGCAUCACUACCUGAAAUGGUGGACAAGGAAAAACUAUGAGAUAAACUCAGACAAUCACUUAAAUUUCAAGUAGGCAUGCUCAGAUCAAUACAAAAGACUAAUAAUCUUCUUUCAAAUCAAUCAUGCUCAUUUCCAAAAAAACCAUGAAAUUCUCAUUAAAAUCAUCAAAACUUCCAUUUCAGUUUAAUCACACUCAAGUGCUGGUAAAAUCAAUUUAAAAUCAAUUAAAACCUUGCCACCAUCUCAAAAACAAUUAAAACAUGCUUUGAAAUCGAAGAGCUUUACCAUAAUUUACUUACCUCAAUCGCACCAACAGAACACUAAUCCCAAGUGCUAGAGUGCAGAAUAAUCAAGUACCGAAAUUUCUAGCAAGCAAAACCAGAUCCGGCGGGUAUGGCAGGGGCGAAAAUUCACAGAGAACGAAAAAAGCCCAGAAUUUCGCACCCAGCAGCAGGGAACUCACGGCAGAGGGAAGAGAGCAGAUCUGGAAAAGUUCUGGGUUGAAUAGAUGUCCUAGAACGAGAAAAGGAGGAGACUUCUCCAAGUUUUACCAGUGUUCCCGGCCGGAAAAAAGGGUGGCGGUAGCU